CCUCUCCCACUCUCUCUCUCUCUCUCUGUAACUCAGGAUGAAGCUGACAAUCGACCUGAGCCUCUGCAAGAGACCAAACAGAAGAUGCAUGCCCUGAUAGACGAAGCCUUCUCAUUGGUCGGAAAGACAAGUCCAUCCAGAAAUGCUGUUGUUCCAUUGGGUGGAGGCCUCUCAAAUAGUCAGAAUUAUAGCGGCAGAGAAGAAGGGAAGAGAACUCCAAGGGAUCAUGCACAACAAGAAGUACCAAGACAACUCUUUGCUCCAGUCAUGCCACCUAUACCAAGGAGAAAACCCAAAGACGCCUCGAUAGAUGGCGGUACUCAGACCUCUGAGAUGGGGCAAACAACUCGCGUGGUUGUUGUGCCUGUCACUAGACCACCACAAGAGGGCAGCGGUGUCAUUUGGAGUCCGUAUACAGCUGGAGAUGAGACGGCCAUGUUAUCUCCAUCUCAAGAACCAGCAUCCCUCCCUGGUGGUAUAAACCCGUCACCGAUUCCUAGCCCGAGAGGACUGAAUCCGUCACCGAUCCCUAGCCCGAGAGGAGUAACAACCAAUCAUCAGCAAGGCCUCAGAGAGCGAAGACCGGACGGUGACAGCCUCCGAGGUAACAAGCAGGGCGUGGUUGAGCGCUACGCUGACAUGCUUCAGGAGAUGCUGACGAGCCAACUCCCCCUUCCACCAGGGGAGGGGGACGAUGUUCCUUCCAAGAGCACCCCCCAGAAGCGAAGCGUCACGCUCCUCGAAGGGGAACCCGACUACGAUUGGUCGUUCGAUCACCAGAGCAUCAACGGCUCACAGAGGCACGGGUCAAAGACACGAUCACCACUACCCGACAGAACUAAACCAAAUAAAACUGAAAAGGACUCUGCGUCCACGUCUGCACCAUCGGAUGGAAAGAUGCAGUCGCUUAGCAACAAGGAAAAGGGUGUUGGAAAAGCCGUGGAUAAAUUUUACGAUGAGCUGGAUAUAUCUACUAAUCUGAAAUACCCAACAGGACAAUAUUCCCCUCAGGUCGCGAAUGCAGUCAGAGAAGAACUGAUCAGACUGACGAGAAAAAUGGGCGAUGGAGAGGAAAGUGGGCUGGUUUGAGUUUUACCCCCCUUUAAACACCCUCAUUAUUCCCCUGUGAACACCAUUAUUAUUCAUACGACACCAUGGAUGUUCAGAUUUCCAAGUGACAAUGCAAAAUCAUAAUUUUACUUUUGUUAAACGUGCAGUUUAUUGCUUUCCAAGACUUUCAUUAUUGUGAAAAUGUCUUUUCAUGUAUUUUCUUAUCAGAUACAUGAAUACAUGGUAUAUCAGAAUAAAUUAAAAAAGAAAGAGAGAAGUUAUUAAUUAGCCUUGCAAUUAAACAAAGUUAGUUGAAUUAUUUAGGCUUGAAAGCCACAUUGUUUAUGAUACAAAAUAGCUGGCACUAUUGAAAUUGAAUUAGCUCUUCAUGCAACAUCUUUUUGAAGAUGUAGGAGUGACACACUGACAGUGAGAAUAUUCAAAGAAAUUAAAGUUCAGUUAUGCUCGUCACGAUAUAUUUAAAGAGCAAGUUAGUCUGAAGAAUGUCAUUUUUACAAGGCUUUGGGUAGAUGCAAUCGCCAAGGUAUCUUGAUUUAUAUAUGCUUUCAAUGAUAUACAUCUUAGAAUAAUAUCACACGUAAUCCACUUUAUUCCUUUUUUUUUCCUGCUUGUUUUAUUACUUAUUUUUUACUUUGUGCACAUUACAAUGCAUAAUGCAGUAGUUGUGCAUAGAAUAUUAGCAGAACAAAACAUACAUGAGUGUUAUAUAUAAACAUAUAUAAUUCAAAAGAUAACAACCUUAUUAGGACCAAAGCAUAAUUUGUUGGAUGGCUCAAUUAUUUUCAGGACAGAUAAUUGAGGUAUUCCUCUAUAUUACCAAGUGUAUAAAUUUCUUGUUAGAAUAAGUCCAAGUAGAAUGUGACAUUUGACUUUAUAUUAAUGCAAAUCUACACCCAAAUAUGUAGGUGUUUCAACUAUAUACCCAAUAAACCACUUUGGAGAAAGCACUUGUACAACUGGAACAAAAUAUCUACAGAUCUAUUACACAUGGAAAUGUUCUACUUCAUGCAUUUUAGAACACUUAUUGAAUAAAUGAUGGAGGUCCUUUGUGAAUAUCUUUUUUUGCCCUCUUGAAACGAAUACAUGUACUCUCACCUGUGUAUCAUCAAAGGUACCGUCAGUGCAUUAACAAAUAUUGAUUACAUAACUUUCAUGAACAUGUAUCCGGCAGUUGUCUCGAUGGGUUUUACAGUCUUGUAUGAAUGACCUUUCUCUGGGGCCAUGUACAGAUAGUAUCUCUGAAGUGGCUCAUUAUCAAGAAAAAGUAUGAAAAGGCCUGCCUUCAUCAGCUCGAGUUUGCCAAAUAACCCGCUAGUUUAUCUCCUCAUCAGCCGCAGUUGCAAUU